AUGGCCCAUGUCCCGACCCGUGAACUGACUGUUUUGUCGGGUCAGGGGCAUUCGGAGGCCAACAAGGAAGCGAAACCGCUUGAUUGGAGUGUCCAGAAUAAAGACGGCAACACGCCGUUGCAUGUUGCACUUAUCAAACGCAAGUUUAAGGUUGCUGAAUGGUUGGUGAAGCAGCAACCUGAGUUGGUUGGUGUAACCAACAAUGAUGGAAACACCCCUCUUCAUGCUGCGGCAGCAUUGGGUGAUGCCAAAAUUUUCAAGGUGCUCCUUGAUGAAAGUAUACAAUGGCAGGCAUGGAGGUUGAAGAAUAAAGAAGGCAAUACGCCGUUACAUGUUGCAAUUAUCAAUUACAAUUGGGAUGAGAUUCCUAAAUUGUUGCUGGAGAAGUAUCCUGAGCUUGCUCGUGUUACCAACUAUUCCAAGGAGACGCCUCUUCAUCUUGCAAUUAUCAAAUUCCCACCUUUUGGGCGAAAAGCAUUAAAACUGGAAGAUAAGAAUAAUCCUAGGCGGAUAUCUAUGAAACCGUCUCUUGAGAAUGCUGCAAAGAAUGGCGACAUAGGGUUCCUUAAGCAAUUACGAGCCUUAGAAAUUGAACAUGGCAACUAUUUUGUUGGGCAAAACUUAAGCGGAGAUAAUAUACUUCACAUAGCCAUCAGAUCAGAGCAAUAUGAAUUUAUAGAACAAGUUACAAAGAAGUUGUUGCCAAGAUCAAUAAUUGAUAAGCUGAUAAAUCAGAGGAACAACAACGGAGACACCCUUUUUCAUGUUGCAGCUGAGGUUGGCAACGAACGCAUUUUCAAGCUGCUCCUUGAAAUUCAGAUGGCAACACACCCUUACUGGUUGUACAUUUCCAUGGUAACGAACACCUGA